GUGGGGUGGUGGACCCCGCCUACUCUAUGGGCGGGGCCUUUCCGCAACUGGGGCCGGCAUCAAGGGGGUUAUCCUAGCCGCCAUCUUGGAUUCCGCGGUAGCGGUGGCGGCAGUAGGGCGCCGCUUCUGGGGAGUGGCUCCCCUCCACCCCCCGCGCUCGGUGUCAGCGGCUCCUCCCACUGGGGGGGGAGGCGCGGCGGCGGCAGCGGUGGCGGCAUCUAGGCCAUGGCGGCAACUACUGCGAACCCCGGAGUUUCCUCUUGCAUUGUACCUAAAUGACAUCAGAUGUAUCAUCAUUGGGUCCAGCCCUUGCCUCUGGAAAUCCAGGGCCUGGGAUUCAAGGUGGGGGUGCCAUUGUCCAGAGGGCUAUUAAGCGUCGACCAGGGCUGGAUUUUGAUGAUGAUGGAGAAGGGAACAGUAAAUUUUUGAGGUGUGAUGAUGAUCAGAUGUCUAAUGAUAAGGAGAGGUUUGCCAGGUCGGAUGAUGAGCAGAGCUCUGCGGAUAAAGAGAGACUUGCCAGGGAAAAUCAUAGUGAAAUUGAACGGCGGCGGAGGAACAAGAUGACAGCUUACAUCACAGAACUGUCAGACAUGGUACCCACCUGUAGUGCGCUGGCUCGAAAACCAGACAAGCUGACCAUCUUACGCAUGGCUGUUUCCCACAUGAAGUCGUUACGGGGAACGGGCAACACAUCCACUGAUGGCUCCUACAAACCAUCUUUCCUCACUGAUCAGGAACUGAAACAUUUGAUUUUGGAGGCAGCAGAUGGCUUUCUGUUUAUUGUCUCAUGUGAGACCGGCCGGGUGGUGUAUGUCUCAGAUUCAGUCACUCCUGUUUUGAGCCAGCCGCAGUCUGAAUGGUUUGGCAGCACCCUGUACGAUCAGGUGCACCCAGAUGAUGUGGAUAAACUUCGUGAGCAGCUUUCCACUUCAGAAAGUGCCUUGACAGGGCGUAUCCUGGAUCUAAAAACUGGAACAGUGAAAAAGGAAGGUCAGCAGUCUUCCAUGAGGAUGUGUAUGGGCUCAAGGAGAUCAUUUAUUUGUCGAAUGAGGUGUGGUAACAGCUCUGUGGACCCAGUCUCCAUGAAUAGACUGAGUUUUGUGAGAAAUAGAUGCAGGAAUGGACUUGGCUCUGUGAAGGAUGGAGAACCUCACUUUGUAGUGGUCCACUGCACAGGCUACAUUAAGGCCUGGCCUCCAGCAGGUGUUUCCCUCCCAGAUGAUGACCCAGAGGCUGGCCAGGGGAGCAAGUUUUGCCUGGUUGCCAUUGGCAGAUUGCAGGUAACUAGUUCUCCUAACUGUACAGACAUGAGUAAUGUUUGUCAACCAACAGAGUUCAUCUCCCGCCACAACAUUGAGGGGAUAUUCACUUUUGUGGAUCACCGUUGUGUGGCCACUGUUGGCUACCAGCCACAGGAACUCUUAGGAAAGAAUAUUGUAGAAUUCUGUCAUCCUGAAGACCAGCAGCUUCUAAGAGACAGCUUCCAACAGGUGGUGAAGUUAAAAGGCCAGGUGCUGUCUGUCAUGUUCCGGUUUCGGUCUAAGAAUCGAGAAUGGCUCUGGAUGAGAACCAGCUCCUUUACCUUCCAGAACCCUUAUUCAGAUGAAAUUGAGUACAUCAUCUGUACCAAUACCAACGUGAAGAACUCUAGCCAGGAACCACGGCCUGCACUGUCUAACACAGUCCCGAGGUCUCAGCUAGGUCCCACAGCUAAUUUACCCCUUGAGAUGGGCUCAGGGCAGCUGGCACCCAGGCAACAGCAAACAGAAUUAAACAUGGUAUCAGGAAGAGAUGGAUUGCCCAGCUAUAAUCAUUCCCAGGUUUCUGUUCAGCCUGUGGCAUCUACAGGGCCAGAACAUGGCAAGACCCUUGAAAAGUCAGAUGUUCUAUUUGCCCAGGAUAGAGAUCCAAGAUUUUCAGAAAUCUAUUCUAACAUCAAUGCAGAUCAGAGUAAAGGCAUCUCCUCCAGCACUGUCCCUGCCACCCAACAGCUAUUCUCCCAGGGCAACUCAUUCCCUCCUAACCCCCGGCCGGCCGAGAAUUUCAGGAAUAGUGGUCUGGCCCCUCCUGUAACCAUUGUCCAGCCAUCAUCUUCUGCAGGGCAGAUGUUGGCCCAGAUUUCCCGCCACUCCAACCCUUCCCAGGGAGCAGCCCCAACUUGGACCCCUAGUACCCGCUCAGGCUUCUCUGCCCAGCAGGUUGCUACUCAGGCUACAGCUAAGGCUCGUUCUUCCCAGUUUGGUGUAGGCAGCUUCCAGACUCCGUCCUCCUUCAGCCCUAUGUCUCUUCCCGGUGCGCCUAGUGCAUCCCCUGGUGCUGCUGCCUACCCUACUCUCACCAAUCGUGGAUCCAACUUUGCUCCUGAAGCUGGACAGACUGCAGGACAAUUCCAGACACGGACAGCAGAGGGCGUGGGUGUCUGGCCACAGUGGCAGGGGCAGCAGCCUCAUCAUCGGUCGAGCUCUAGUGAACAUGUUCAGCAGCCAUCAGCACAACAGCCUAGCCAGCCCGAGGUCUUCCAGGAGAUGCUGUCCAUGCUGGGAGACCAGAGCAACAGCUACAACAAUGAAGAAUUUCCUGAUCUAACUAUGUUUCCCUCCUUUUCAGAAUAGAACUAUCGGGGUGAGGAUAAAGGGUGGGGGAGAAAAAUUGUUUGUGUUUUAAAAGCAAAUCUUUUGUAAACAGAAUAAAAGUUCCUCUCCCUUCCCUUCCCUCACCCCUCACAUGUACCCCUUUCCCUGCUGGACCUCCCUUGCUCCCACCCUUGCCUCUCUGAGGUAACAUUUGUAGACAAAAUGAAAUGAUGAAUCCCCAAGGCUUUAGGACUCUUUGCACACAGGGCCUAGGUGAGGUACAACGCCUCUUCUUACGUCUCCUGACCAGAAGUUGCACAGUGAUGAUUUGUGCUAGGGUGAAGGGACAGGUUAGAGGAACCUACACCCACUAUUUGCCUUGGAGACCUUAGCCUAUUUUAGACAAGAUUGGGCAUAUUCAGGGUGGUAUGGUCGUAGACCCAUGGCCUUUUUUAGAAAGAAAUUCUGAAUUCUGAGGAGAAUGAGAAAUAUCCUCACAGGUGAGAACCAUGAAACAUGGUGUUAUGGGGCUUUAGAAAGCGAGCAUAUGUUCUUUCUGUUACCUGUGAGCAGUUCCUCUGGAAAGAAACGUGAGAGUGAGUUUGUGUGUGUGUGUGUGUGUAUUUCUGUGUUUCUUUAUCCCUACUAGGGAGUUAUGCAAAAUAUGUCCCAGAUUUUAUCUUUGUCUUUCUGUGUGCUCUUCAAAGAGUUCUAAGGAGUUACAUCUUCCAGGUAUUUUCCACUUAGUAUUGCAGCCAAAGAGUAUUUAAGUACAUAUCUUUGCUGCACUUAUAUCUAUGCCCAGCCAAUGUGCAACUGUAGGCAAAGUCUUGCUGAUAAUGCUUGGUUUCUUACCAAACACAUUCAGUGAUAAAGCUGGAUCAGUCCCCCUUUUGGUGCUCACACCUUGCUUAGAAAGAUCAGCAAGCAUUACUGAAAUAGGCUGGCAAGAUAAACACUUUAGUAACCCUAAACUUGUCCAUAAGAAUAAUGCUGCAUUUUUCUGUCAGAAUCACACAUGCUGUGUGCUGUAUAGAGGUUAUUUCUGCAUGGAAACUCAACUUCUUGGAGUAGCAAUCCCAGUGAAAGUCCUCACUGUUGGAGUGUAAAGCGAAUACCAAGCCUCUUGCAAUGUAGCCUCUUUCAUCCCACCCUUAAAAAUCUCUCAUCUAGAUUCCGGACUCUCCUGGAUCUGUAGGUCUUUUAUCUUUGCUCCCCAUCCAAUCUUGAGGUUGGAUUUUGCUUUAGAGCACAAGUAUAAUAAUUGUCUGUGUAAUGGGACCUGGACUCCCAUCCCAACAGGGUCACUUGGUAAUUAUAGCCAUAUAAAUGUGGAUACAGGUUACUAUACUCACUCUACCUUCCUCAGGUAAGUCAUGUAUACCAGCCUUUUUUUUUUUAAACUGGCUCCAGUCAGCAUGUAAGUGCAAGACUGAGUUAAUUGGAAGAUGCUGAGUGUAUUUAUAGGAGGUUGAGGAGCAUGGAUGGCCGUGGAGAGGCAGAGGGAAUGUCACUUACUGGUCGCUUCCUUUUGUCUCCAGUCUGGUGCCAGGUAGUGGAGUGGAAAGGAGACAAUUUAUUUUUUUAUUCUAUGUGCACACAUACAGUAUACGUAUAUAUUUAUAUCACAGUUAAUGAAACCAAAAAGUUGAGUUUCCAAUGGAAUCCUUGUUUUUUAAUAUUGUUUUUAAAUGUGAUCAAGACUAUAAUAUUGUACAGUUAUUAUAGGGUUUGGGGGAGGGGUCGGGAGGGAGAAGAUACUCUGGGGGUUUUGUUUCUGCCUUUCCUUCAGGGUUUUAUUUUUGAUUUUUUUUUUUUUUGUUGUUGGCCAUUUCUGUAUUGCUGGGAUCUGUGCUAAUACAGUGGCAAAAAUAAUGACAUGUAGCAAAGAUUUUAAAGCAAAAUGUUUUUUUCCUUUUGUAAAAGUUCUUGUGUUGUGUGAUCUCGAUUGCGACUUCAUUAUUCCAUUUCAGCUCAUAAACAGACAUUACAAUUGAAGGAAUCUGAUUGAGCGCCAAAUACACAAA